AUAAUUUUACAAAAAUAUAUAUUUAUACAAAUAUAUUUGAAUUUUAUAACAUUUAAUUUGGAUUUAUUCUUUUUUAUUAUAUUAUUCAUUCUGUUAUAAAAAUUGUUAUUAUAAUUUAUUAAAUAUAAUUAUUUUCUUUUUCAAAAAAAACAUUUUUAAAAUAGAAAUUAAAUCAUAAAAAUAUAUAAGUUUUAUAUUAAAGAAUAAUUACAUUCAAAAAAUAACGAUAUAAAAUAAAAUUUAUUUUUAUUAAAAAUGAAAGCAUUAUUUUUUUAUCCCUUGGCUUCAAUUGCGGCCUUAUUUGUUUUGUCAUCUGCCGAAGGAGAAUCACAAGGAUGUUCAGGAUACCGUUUACCACCACCAAAAAGAUGGUUUACCUUCACUUCUCGACCAUACUGUAAAACAGCUGCAUAUUAUGAACUUAAACAUAUGCCAUAUUAUGUAGAUGCAGUUAGUGCAUCAGAAAACGUAAAACAUGAGAAAUGGAAUAACUGGUUAAAAGAAAUGAAAAUAUCAUUAACUGAAAAAUUAGAAAAAGAAUCACAAGAAUAUAUGGAAAAAUUGGAACAGCAAUGGGAUGAAUUUAUGAAAAAUUCAGAAGAUAAAUGGAGGCAUUAUAAUCCCCAAAUGGAAGAAGAAUAUCAAUGUAGUGUUUAUCCACUUGGAUUAAAAUGGGAUGAUGAAAAGUGGACUGCAUGGUUUUAUGAAAAAGGAUUAUGGUGUUUGAAGAAAAGCUUUAAAACAUGGCUCACUGAUUCUAAAAAAGGUUACAACACCUACAUGAAAAAUCUUUUACAGGAAUUUGGUAAACAAUUUUAUGAAGAUUGGUGUCGUAGACCUGAAAAACGUCGUGAAGAUAAAAUUUGCAAGAGAUGGGGACAAAAAGGAUUACGUAAUGACAAUUACUAUUCGUUAAAGUGGAUGCAGUGGAGAAAUUGGAAAAACAGAAACCACGAUCAAAAACAUGUGUGGGUAACUCUUAUGAAGGAUGCGCUAAAGGAAUAUACGGGGCCCGAAUUCAAAUUAUGGACUGAGUUUAGAAAAGAAAAGAUAGACUUUUACAAGCAAUGGAUGCAAGCUUUCGCCGAACAGUGGACACAAGACAAACAAUGGAAUACGUGGACUGAAGAAAGAAAUGAAUAUAUGAAAAAGAAAAAAGAAGAAGAAGCAAAAAAAAAAGCAGCAUCAAAAAAAAAAGCAGCAUCAAAAAAAGGAGGAGCAGCAAAAAAGGCACCAGCAAAAAAGGCACCAACAAAAAAAGCCGCACCAGGAACAAAGGCACCAGCAAAAAAAGCAGCACCUAAAAAAGUUGCAGCACCAAAUGCAGCAUAAUAAAUCUUAUAUCAAAUUGAGGGAACAGCCUUAUAUGAAUUUUAGCACCAUUUAAUUGACAAAUUAUAUGUUAACAAUGUCUAAAGAAUACGAAAUAAAGUCUAUAUAAUAAUAAAAUAUCCAUAAAAUAAUAUUUACCAUCUUUGUUUAUAUUACAAUUUGUAUAUGUUCUACACUUAUCCUACGCAGAAUAAAUUUGCAGAGAAAAAAAUAGAAAUAGAAAAAUAUAAGUUUUUUAUCAUUUGGCUUAUAAGAAUGAAAUUUAUUUAUAUGCGAAAGCGCAUUUAAAUUGUAUAGACAACAUUUGACAUGUAUAUAUCCUAUUCAUAAAUUAAAAAUGUCCCAAUUUUUUAUAUAUUACGUAUAAAAUCACAUAUUUUAAGUGGGUAGGUAGCAGUAGCUAUCUUUUUACGUUUUAGGCAUAGAAAUCAUAUUUCCCCCUUGUAUUUAUUUGUACAUUAUAUUUUUUCUUUUUUAAAUAAAUGCUAGUUCGUCUCUAUUUUGUAAUAAAAAGUGCAUUAUUAAAAGUCAUAUAUGCAUGUUUUUACAUUUGUGGGUGUGUUUAUUUGUUAAUUGUUAUAUUAUACAUCUAUUUAAACGUAUCGUCUUAAUGUCUCCAUAACAAGGACAAUUCAGGCAAUUAGGAACUUUAAUUAAAUUUAAUUUAUGAAUUAGA